AUGGUGUUGGUAUUGGCAAUUGGGGAUUUACAUAUUCCACAUAGAGCACCUGAUCUACCUGCCAAGUUCAAAUCUAUGCUUGUUCCUGGCAAGAUUCAACACAUCAUUUGCACCGGUAAUCUCUGUAUCAAAGAAGUUCAUGAUUAUUUGAAAAGCCUAUGCCCAAGUUUACACAUCACUCGAGGUGAAUAUGAUGAAGAUGCUCGUUACCCAGAGACCAAAACACUCACCAUUGGCCAAUUCAAGCUUGGAUUAUGUCAUGGUCAUCAGGUUGUUCCAUGGGGGGAUUUGGAUUCAUUAGCCAUGCUUCAAAGACAAUUAGAUGUGGACAUUUUGGUUAGUGGUCAUACUCAUCAGUUCAAGGCUUAUAAACAUGAGGCUGGUGUGGUUAUUAACCCUGGUUCAGCCACUGGUGCAUACAGCAGCAUCACUUAUGAUGUGAACCCGAGUUUUGUUCUUAUGGACAUUGAUGGCUUACGUGUUGUUGUUUAUGUUUAUGAACUCAUUGAUGGAGAAGUGAAGGUUGACAAGAUUGAUUUCAAGAAAACAUCCACAGCUACUACAUGAUGAUGAUAAUAAUAAUAAUAAUAAUACUAAGAUUGUUCAUCUUUUGUUCCUUUUAAUAUGCUAACUUUAUUAGGCUCUUUCUUGUCUUUUAAGGUUUUCAAACCUUGUUUUUACGUUUGGUGUAUGUGAUCUAUUUCUUGUUUGUUUUGUCAUGUAAGGAAGUUUAUUUGCCUUUUUUUUCGUAUCUUUUUACUGUUUUUAUUGAUAUGGUUUCGUUUUUAUGUUUUGCUUGAGUGAUUACUUACAAAUGUUUCAUUUUGUAAAUUUGUAUGCAGAUUAUAAUGUUCAGUUAUGGUAUA